AUGUCGAACUCACAGCUCUCCUAUGGUGCAGCAUCGAUUGCUCUAGCAACAGGCAUUGCUAGCCAUCUGUUCUAUUUCCGCAUAGGAGAACAUCACAUGCUCCCAUGGGUCUACAUACAGGUGUUCACCUUGGCCUGUGUCGUGGGCAUUGCGUGUCUGAUCAACUUUGGGGAAGCGACGGCACUCAGCGCAAUCACCACUGUCGCUGGCCUGGCUUCAUCUUGGCUGGUUGGUGUCUAUGGAAGUCUGAUUACAUACAGACUACUCUUCCAUCCACUGAACAAGUUCCCUGGACCAUGGCAAGCUCGAAUCGGCGACAUCUGGCUAUCCACAAAGAUGGGAGACAUGCAAGGCUACUAUUUCAUCCAUAACCUCCACAAAAAGUACGGCCGCUUCGUUCGAGUUGGAUCAAACACACUUUCUAUCACCGACCCGCAGAUGAUGCAGCCCGCGUAUGGACCACAAGCAAAAGCAACCAAGGGCGACUGGUACGAUGGACCUUAUCCUCACCACAGUAUGCAUACGACCCGCGACAAAGCCCUUCAUGAUCGCCGACGACGUGUGUGGGCUCCUGCAUUCAGUGAUAAAGCUCUGAGAGAGUACGAAAUUACCGUUCAGGAAUUCAACGACAAGUUGGUCAAUCGUAUUGGAGAGUUUAAAGGCGAGCCGGUCAAUAUGACGACAUGGUUCAAUUUGUACAGCUUCGACGUUAUGGGCCGUCUAGCUUUUGGGAAGGACUACGGAAUGGUUGAAGCUGGGAAACGACACUGGGCCCUGGAUCUCCUCACCGAAGGGAUGGAGACUUCUGCCUUUCGACUUCCCACUUGGGUGUUCAGGGUCCUUCUUGCCAUUCCAGGCGCAGCGCAUGGCUACUACAAGUUCUUGAAAUUCUGCGCUGACGAGGUGACGUGGCGUGUCGAGAAUGGAAAAUCUGUAGACAAAGACAUUAUUGGCUGGCUUUUGAAGGCGUAUGCCAACGAGAAGCAUCCAGAGGAAGAUUCAAUGCUUCAGGGUGAUGCUCGAUUGAUUGUGGUUGCCGGAAGUGAUACAACCUCAGCAACGCUGACAUACCUCUUCUAUCAUCUUGCCAAAGACCCUGAAGAGCUGAAGAAGCUCCGAGACGAACUCAGACCUCUGGCGACUGGGGGUUGGAGUGAUAAAGACAUACAGCACGCCGAGCAUCUGAACGGAGCCAUUAAUGAGACCCUUCGUCUACAUCCACCUGUACCCUCCGGGCUCAAACGAAAGAUCAUGAAAGAGGGGGUUCAGAUUGGGGACAACUUCCUCCCGGGCAACAUCGAUUUUUUCACUCCCCUGUAUCCAAUGGGUCGAGACGAGGACAUUUAUGCAGAUGCAUCAUCUUUCGUGCCCGAGCGCUGGUACUCGAAACCUGAAAUGAUCAAACAUCCAGACGCAUUUGCACCAUUCUCCAUGGGCCCAUUCAAUUGCAUUGGCAGGAAUCUCGCCCGCAUGGAGCUGCGAACGCUCUCGACGCAACUGUUACUAAAAUACGAUGUUGCCUUUGCUCCAGGUGAAGAUGGGACCCGCCUCCUGACGAAGACAAAAGACCACUUCACGCUGUCGCUCGGCCAACUCGAUCUUGUCUUCACACCGGCAUCGAACUGA